GAACUAAUCAUACUGUGAAUGUCAUUUUCAAUCUGCUAUCACACCAAACACUUCUGAAGAACAGUUUAUAGGUUGAGAUAUGGCCAGUAUAGCUUCCUUCUUGGCCGAAAGGGAACAUAAAUUCCCUUUCAAUCUGAAAAGGAGUGACUGGCAGUGGACGGAGGAAGUGGAUGAACUCUGUGCUUACAGAUAUUACCACAUUAUAGCUGCCAUAAAGUGUGAUUAUAAUCUUAUUCCGAUGGCAACAUUAUUGCGCACAGUGUGUGGAUGAGUGUCCAACUCCUGUCAGAGCUGUAGAGAACUGGCUUGAGCAGAGGGACAGAGCUGCUGCUGGCAGGAGGGAAAAUCAGAUCUGGAUAAUUGCGCAGAAGCUCGCUGGGGUAAAGUUAUCGCGCCUUGGUGCGUUUAUUUGAGGGAUCUUUGCGGAGCAGAGGAGCAGUGUCUGUGCGUGAUUAACCAAAAUGUACGAUAUUAUCGGUUAUUUUGUUGUUUAUAUGUGAAAUUCACGUUGGGAGUCGCCAUAAUGAGUCGUCCUCUGACCGUAUGACAUGGAACUAUCAGACGAAAUCUUGAUAUUAUCGUAAAAUAAUGGAAAAGCAGGUCAAGUCAAACCACUGCUAUGUUAUUGUGUCGUUUUUAUUGUAACAUAAACCCACAAAGCGUUCCAAAGAACCACCAAAACAACACGCAGCGUGCGUAAUGGCUCGCUGCUCCAGUCCGGAUUUUCCAUGCGAGGCGCGUCGGAGCCCCGGAGGUGGAUAAGCUGGUAGAGCCCGCUCUCUCUCAUGCCAUGCUGGGCCACAAGGGCUCCGGGAGACGCUGCUACAUAUUACGGAGAACCGGGAUGGAGGAGAGGCGGAGGGAGGAAGAAAAAAGUUUCGUUUAAACCUGCCAGAGAAACUCUCAACAUGAAGCCUCACUGACGCACCAUUCUACCACCGCCACAGCAGCAGCAGCAGCGCUACAACAAAGCUUGCCUUUUCCACUGAAUACAUUUUUUUCCCACCUCCCAGCUUGUGUUUUCUUCCUCUCGUGUGUUAUUUUCUGUGAGCGCGGCUGGUCGGAGCUUGCUGUCACUGCGCGCUGAGAUGUUGGAGUGACCAUGGCUGCGCAAGUGGCAUCGGCUCCGACCAGAACUAAUAACAAAAAUAAGAAAUUACCCAGCGGUUUGGGUCCGGAGCUCAACUCGGGGAAAUCCGGAGGAGGUGGAGGAGGAGGAGGAGGGACCGUGCAGCGAAUUGGACCGAUGCUGGGAGCCGGAGAUGGGACUCUGAAUAAUGUAGACCAUCACCGCCGAAACGAGCUCAACAUGGUCCAUUCAACUUCCACGACUCACGGCGCGCCGGACGGCCACGACAAGGAUGGAAAUAACCUCACGUCUUCCUCGGCGUCGACUAAUUCAACCACUUCCUCGAUGGAAACGGGUUUGAUCGCGAACCACAAGCUGAAGUGUGUGGGGAGCGGAGAUCCCCCUCAGUCUCAGCCGCUGCCUCAGCAGCAGCAGCCGCUGCAAUUCGGCCAGUUUACGCCACAUCAGCAGCGGCAGAUCCAAAGUAACAACACUGUCAACAACAACGGCCAGGGGCCCCGUGGAGACAGAGGCAUGGAUCACCAACACCACGGCGGCAAAGAGAACCUGCUGGGGGAGCCACAGCAGCAGCACAUGUCAGGUAAAGGUGAGGGGGAGCUCACCUGUAAACCUGCGGAGAGGAUGACGACCUCCAGGUACGAACAGUCUAACUUAGGGCCAAACAGUAACAACUCUGAGUUUAACAACAACUAUUACACCCCAAGGCCCUGUUAUGAUCAACAUGGCGGACAGCAGCAGCAAAGCAGCGGGAUGGGGAUAACGCACUCCUCGGCGCACAACAGCAUGGAGAAUUCCCACGACGCAGGUUUCCACAACAGCCAGUACAACCACCAGUACCCGGCGUACCGGGCGAGCUACGGCGGCGGGGCCUACGGGAUGAUGGGCCCCACUGGAUGCCGCCAACCUGGGAACAUGAUGAUGGGCAGCAACUCAAACACAGGCCACGGCAAAGCUCCUCUGGGACCUGGUUCUAGUGGCUUUCAGCGGUUCCCGGGGCAAACUCAGCAGCAGCAACAGCAGCAGCAGCAGCAGCAUCACCCCUCGGGUUCCACACCGACCCUCAACCAGCUGCUGACGUCCCCCAGCCCCAUGAUGCGGGGCUAUGGUGGUGCCUAUCAAGACUUUAGUGGCCCCACAUCGCAGCAGCAGCAGCAGCAGCAGGCUGGCAUGAGCCUGGGCAAGGACGUGGGGCCCCAGUAUGGACCCGCAUCUGCUCACGGCUGGGGAGGACAGCAGAGGAACCACCCGCAUUCUAUGAGCCCGGGUAACGGAGGACAAGGCCUCGGCAGGACGCAGGUGUCCUCCAUGGACUUUAUGGCUAUGAAGCGGUCGCAGCUGUACGGCAUGGCCAACAAUCCUUACUCCGCUCCACAGCAGCCAGGGGGUGGACCAUACCCUCCUAACCAGCCAUAUACGUCGCCGCCGCCGCACCGCUAUCCGAUGGGCAUGCAGGGGAGGGGCCAAAUGGGCCUGGGCGGAAUGCAGUAUCCACAGCAGCAGCAGGUGGCGCCGUAUGGCCAGCAGGUGAUGGGGGGCUACAGCCAGCAGCAGCAGCAGCAGCAGCAGCAGCAGCAGCAGGCAGGGCAGCAGCAGGGAACACCUCCGUACUUCAGCCCCCCUCAGCAGACGCCUCCAGGCCCCAGAGAGAGCCCCUACCUCCAGCCUCGACCACCUCCACAACAGGAGGCCCAGCAGGAGAGCUACAACUCCAGGGGUCCUGCUCCAGGGAACUCUGGGAAAGCAAACAACGAAGAUGGCGUCUCCCACGACCGCCCCUGCAGUCUGCCGGAUCUGUCCGGCUCCAUUGAUGACCUCCCCACAGGGACGGAGGCCGGUCUGGGCUCAGCCGUCAGCGCCGGUGGCUCGUCCUCCAGCAGCAGCAGCAGCCAGGGGGAGCAGGGAGCCGCUAGUAACCAGGGACAGUCACCUUUCUCCCCGCACGCCUCCCCACACCUCCCCAGCCAGAGGAGCGGGCCCUCUCCCUCACCUGUUGGCUCGCCCGCAGGCUCCACCCUGUCCCAGCAGUCCCGGUCUGGUUCUGGACCCAUCUCUCCUGCCAGUGGCCCCUCUGCCAACUCCACCACCGCCGCACCAGGUAGGACUGCUGUCAUUAGAGACUCGAGAAUGACUGUGUGCGCGCAUAAAUCUCGAUAAUCGGGUUUCUGUCGCGAUGGAAGGUGCAACCUGUAGCGUAAUUUUAUUACUUUAAUCACGACAAACAAAUAAGACGACAACUGACAAGAUUUGCUGUUGGUGCCAGACACUUCAUUGCAUUUUUCCCUGUAUACCACAGAGUUAGAUUCCCUGGGAAAUUUGCAAAAUUGCUUUACACUUUAAAGAGAAAUUGCUUCAUGCUCGCGUAAGAAGAGCGUGCUGUUUGGAAACAGAGUUACAAGACAAGUGACUUCACUCCGAUAGAUCCUCAAAUCCUCUUUUGAAGCCUCCAGAAGCACAAUUUGGCUGAGAGAUGUUCAAAGGUGUCACCUGCAACCAAAUUAGACAAUAGCAGCUGUCAGUCAAAGGGGUGUCC